CGGCCGAGCCGGCUUCCCCUCGGUCUCUCAUGAAUAUUGAGCGGCCCCUGUUGUAUUUCCCGAGCUCCAUUGCGGAAGCCGAGGCUCGCCAUAUUGUGCGGCGGCGCCGGCGGCCGCGGCGGCUUGUACCUGAGUCUCGGUCUGGCCGCGGCCAGCGGAGUCCCGGGCUGGGGCAGGAGCCGCAAUGUCUCAGGCUGUGCAGACAAACGGAACUCAACCAUUAAGCAAAACAUGGGAACUCAGUUUAUAUGAAUUACAACGAACACCUCAGGAGGCAAUAACGGAUGGCUUGGAAAUUGUGGUUUCACCUCGAAGUCUACACAGUGAAUUAAUGUGCCCAAUUUGUUUGGAUAUGUUGAAGAACACCAUGACUACAAAGGAGUGUUUACAUCGUUUUUGUGCAGACUGCAUUAUCACAGCCCUCAGAAGUGGCAAUAAAGAAUGUCCUACCUGUCGGAAAAAGCUAGUUUCUAAAAGAUCACUAAGGCCAGACCCAAACUUUGAUGCACUCAUCAGCAAAAUUUAUCCAAGUCGUGAUGAGUAUGAAGCUCAUCAAGAGAGAGUAUUAGCCAGGAUCAACAAGCACAAUAAUCAGCAAGCACUCAGUCACAGCAUUGAGGAAGGACUGAAGAUACAGGCCAUGAACAGAUUACAGCGAGGCAAGAAACAACAGAUUGAAAAUGGUAGUGGAGCAGAAGACAAUGGUGACAGUUCUCACUGUAGUAAUGCUUCCACACACAGUAAUCAGGAAGCAGGACCUAGUAACAAACGGACCAAAACAUCUGAUGAUUCCGGGCUUGAGCUUGAUAAUAACAAUGCAGCAGUGGCAAUUGAUCCAGUAAUGGAUGGUGCUAGUGAAAUUGAAUUAGUAUUCAGGCCUCAUCCCACACUAAUGGAAAAAGAUGAUAGUGCACAGACAAGAUACAUAAAGACUUCAGGUAAUGCCACUGUUGAUCACUUAUCCAAGUAUCUGGCUGUGAGGUUAGCUUUGGAAGAACUUCGAAGCAAAGGAGAAUCAAAUCAGAUGAACCUUGAUACAGCCAGUGAGAAGCAGUAUACCAUUUACAUAGCAACAGCCAGUGGGCAGUUCACUGUAUUAAAUGGCUCUUUUUCUUUGGAAUUGGUCAGUGAGAAAUACUGGAAAGUGAACAAACCCAUGGAACUUUAUUAUGCACCCACAAAGGAGCACAAAUGAGCUUUUUACUAAAACCAAGUCUGAGAAUGAACUUUUUUUAUAGCCUAUUUCUUUAAUAUUAAAGAUGUAACGUCUUUACUUUUAUGGACAGAAUCUUGGAUAUGUUGUUCAGUUUUCUUUCUGAGCCAGACUCGUUUACACUAUUAGAAUCUUUUCCCCUUAAUUUAAGAUUUCCUUUUUGGAAGGGACUGCAAUUAUUCAGGACUUUUUCUUUCCUUUAAAAGUAUAUCUAAGUUGUAUGUUUUCAUGAAGUAUGGUUCCAUUUGGAGCACCCUUUUGACCCAGGAAUUUUUCAUAGUUCUGUAUUCUUAAGAUUCAGUUGGCUAUCCUUUUCCCUCCCUUCAAAAGUUUUUUAGGCCUACAGAAUGUUAAAUAAUAUGUAUUUUGACUUUUUUUCCUGGAGUCUUGUAUAUUUAUAGUUUUCUAUAUAAGCUGUAGUAUCUUCAUGAAGACCAAGGCUCAAAUUUACUGUGCUUAAAAAACAA